ACUCUAGUUAAAAAGUUCGUGCAAAAUAUAGAUUCAACUGCAGAAAUCAGUAAGGUAUCCAAAAAUUAUGUCAUGCAUCUCUCUCUCUCCAUAUUUUUUUAUUUUAUUUUUUUGCAAAACAAUAAACAUAAUCAAUGGCUGCUUCUAGCCUCUUACAGGGGAGUUGCUUUGCUUUUCAAUUUUCUUCUUUCUAUCACCACUAAUCGCUUUUUCAGAGCGAGAUUUUUUGGUGCAGGAAAGGAUAAUAAAGAAGAGAGUAGCAGUAGUGGCAGAAACAUACCACUUCAGAAAACGCAAUCCGCCAGAGAGAAAAAAAGAAGCAAAAGCUGGAUAAGACGACAAUUCUCCAGACAAACAAAUGUGGAACGUGAUUUUGGUGGUGAUGAGUACCCUGCCGCUAUUGCAGCAACUGCUUUGGCCAUUCAAUCACUUGAAGAAUCAAGAACUGGGGAUCAGGAAAAGCCAACUCGUGGCCCUGAUACAUCCUUAGUAAAGAUGAAGAGCAAAGGCAAAGCAGAAGAUAUAGGAAAUUUAUCUGAACCACGCAAAGGUUCAAUAAAACUCUCAGAUUUUCUAUCAGAUGAAUCUUCAAAGACGAAUUCAAAAGAUACAGACAUCAAGGCACCAAUAAGCACUACGGCAAGUAAAAAGAUGACAGAAAAGGAAGUUGGCACUGCACCAUCCAUCGAGAAGAAGCCAACUUUUGCUUAUACUGAUCCAAACGACAUAAUAAUCGACAAUAUACCCGAAAUAGCCUCGCCAGAGAAGGCUGCUGAACCUGUUACAUCCAUGGGAAGGCAUCCUACAUCCGCAGAAAAGCAAAUAAACAUCACAGGUGAUGAAACUUUUGAAGCCAUACAGCGAAUUCCUGAUCAUCCACCCACCAUACAAACCACAACACAUCCAGUUGAGAAUAAACAGCAGAUUCCGACUAAACCAGGACCAGGAAAUGCUGAGGCAGAUGCUUGGGAAAAAUCUGAGAUGGCUAGAAUUAAAGAAAGGUAUGAGAAGCUGAUUACUAGAAUUCAAAAUUGGGAGACUAAGAGGAAGAAGAAGGCAAAACGCAAACUACAAAGCAUAGAGGUUGAAGUGGAUAGUAAAAAAGCAAAAGCCAAGCAGAAGUACCCCAGUGAGAUAAGAAGAAUUGAAGGAAUUGCACGAGGAGCAACCACACAGGCAGAAAAAAAUCGAAGAAAUGAAGAGCUUAAAGUAAUAGAGAAGGCUAAUAAAUUUAGAUCAACUGGGAAGCUUCCAGCAACAUGUCUGUGCUUUUGAAUCUCACAAGCGAAAGGCUUCAUGAAAAAUCAAGUUGUAAGAGCUGUAAAUACCUGCAGACUUUCAAGCUGUAAUGUUACUGGCUCAAGCAGAGAAAAUUCUAUUAUUUUGCACAAAGUGAAUAUGUUUAAUUAUUUGCCGGUUUUAUUUAUUUCUGUUCCGAAUAUUUUAUUAAAUGGUGAUUUUCAAUUUUUAUGUGACAGACUCAAUUAUUUAUCCAAAUAUUAUCAUGGGUUUCUGUUUCAA